GGUCUUGUUCUUUGUGGAAACAAAAUAUACACAGCAUGUGAAUGUACCUAUAAUUUCCGACCUUUUCUUGCAAAAACAAUUCAAGUCAGAGACAUGACCAGCCUGACUGCCUCAGAAUGCUUUCUUCCUUCUUUUUCUGCAGGUGUAAACAGAUAUCUAUGAAGUGAAUAUUGUGAAAUCACACCGUCUCACACACUCUCCCUGUUUUGCAUUAGAUUACCUUCAUAGACUCAUUAAAAACACAUCAAUAUAUGAAUUAAAGGCCAUCAGUAGUCUUGCAGGAAAUGCAAUCUCCUGUCUGCACUUGAACUAACCUCCCUGCUGAAAUAUAUCUGCAGCCUGUAAUAUUCCUGUGGAGACCUGCAGUUUGUUGCAUGGGUCAUAUUACACUGACUUUAUCGUACUGUCGGGCAUUUUCUGUUUCCUAUGAUGUCAUGCCAUUCCUGUAAAGUGUACCAGAUUAUAAUGUAGCCUGGGGGGGAUGCAUGAGUCGAGAGUUUCACUAAUUAAAUUGCUAUUCUUGCAACCAACUAUCAAGGAAGGGGCCUGCUCCUAUGAUUACUUGUUUCCUCUCACUUUAUUUCAUGCAUUAGUAAUGUGCUGUGAUAGUUAGGAUGGGCGGUGUUGUGAUGUAGACAUAUAGCUAGUGCAAAGAUGUGCAAAAAACAGAACAUUUUAAAGACAGACUACGAUGGUAGAUGGAGCUAUGUAUUAAAGCUGACCUUCUGACAUGUUUUGUUGCCACAAAAAAAGUUCAAUACUUACAAAUUAUAAAAAGCGUCUGCAGAAUGUGUGAAUAUGCAAACAUCUUGAAAGUUGAACUGCUGUUUUCAUGUCACAAAAUCAUGCUAAAUGCACGUAAUAGUUGCACAGAGAAAAAAAACUGGGUUGUGUGCCAUUCACCUACUAUUUCUUGGCUAUGAACUAAUUUCCUGUAGUUUCUGUUGGUUGCCUGGCAACUUGCUCAGAGCCAAGAAAUAGCCUGCCGCCGUUAAAAUGGCUAAAUGUUGCUUCACACUUGUCAUUAACGAGCUUUAAGAGCGCUGACGGUCGUGUUUGUGCCUUUGGACAGAGACAGGAUAGCUGUUUCCUUUAUGCUAAGCUAACUAGCUUAGCUUUAGCUUCAUAGUUAAUGUAAACAACUGUCUUCGUUUAUGCUACAGCUGCUUUAGCUACUGCAUUAGCUACUAGCUGCUCACUUGUGGCGCGACAGGUUCGCCCCAAAAUGUCGAACUUUUAGCUCGGAAGGUGAGAGCAGACUGCACACGACGUUCAGCUUCAAACGGAGGCAGACUUCACUUUGACACGUGCUACCAGGCAGUUUCUGGAGGAAAUCAACAAGUGGACCAGUCAGCAUGGAGUGUCACCAUUGUCCAGGGAAUUGGCCGUCAAGUUCCUCAUGGCCCGCAAGUUUGACGUCCUCCGAGCUAUUGAGCUAUUCCACAGCUACAGGGAAACACGUCUUAAAGAAGGAAUCGUCAGACUUCAGCCUCAGGAAGAACCUCUGCGCUCGGAGCUGCUCAGCGGAAAGUUCACUGUGCUGAGUGUGCGGGAUCCUUCGGGGGCCUCCAUUGCCUUGUACACAGCCAAACUUCAUCACCCAAACAAGACAGGCAACCAUGUGGUGCUUCAGGCCCUCUUCUACCUCCUGGAUCGGGCUGUGGAAAGCUUUGAGACCCAGAGGAAUGGCUUGGUGUUCAUCUACGACAUGGCGGGUUCCAACUACACAAACUUUGAGCUGGACCUGAGCAAAAAGAUCCUCAACCUGCUCAAGGGGGCGUUCCCUGCCAGGCUGAAGAAGGUGCUGAUUGUCGGGGCCCCUGUUUGGUUCCGAGUGCCCUACAAUCUGCUCAGCCUGCUACUCAAGGAGAAACUUAGGGAGAGGGUUCAGAUGGUGAAAAUGGCGGAGCUGCGCCAACACCUCCCCAGAGACUGUCUCCCGCAGCACCUCGGCGGCCUGCUGCCGUUGGACGCAUACAGCUGGAACCAGCAGCUACUGGCGGGUCAGAACGGCCUUGUAGACCCAGUGGAUGAGCUGGUGGGUAUCCCAGUGGAAGAGGCUUCCAUUCACGUCCCUGGACCGGAGUCAAUGCGCCCGCAGGAGCUGCUGACACACCUCGGCAGGCUUCAGCGCUCAGGCAUCCAUCAAGAGUAUGAGGAGCUCCGCAAGGAACCGCCGCCUGGAACCUUCCACUGUGCACAAGCAGCCUACAAUCAGGAGAGGAAUCGCUACGGAGACGUGCUGUGCCUCGACCAAACAAGAGUUCGUUUGAAAGCUAGAAGGAACGAGAGAUCAGACUACAUCAAUGCGAGCUUCAUGGACGGCUACAAACAGAAGAGUGCAUACAUUGGUACUCAAGGACCACUGGAAAAGACGUAUAGUGAUUUCUGGAGAAUGGUCUGGGAACAAAACGUGCUUGUUAUCGUCAUGACAACCAGAACAGACGAGGGCAGUCGGAGGAAGUGUGGACAGUAUUGGCCUCUGGAUGAAGGGGGACAGGAGGUCUACGGCCAUAUGGCAGUGGUUAACCAGAGGGUUGACCACCACACCCACUACAACCACACCACCCUCGAACUGCACAACACUGAGACAUGUGAACAGAGACAAGUGAGUCAUUUCCAGUACCUCAGCUGGCCUGACUAUGGCGUUCCCACCUCAGCAGUGACCCUCAUCGACUUCCUGGGAGCUGUGAAAAGACAACAGAGGAAAAUGGUGAAGGCUUUGGGACUUCAGUGGGCAGGCCACCCACAGGGACCCCCAAUGGUGGUCCACUGCAGUGCAGGGAUUGGGAGAACAGGUACCUUCUGUGCCCUGGACAUCUGUCUGUCCCAGCUACAGGACGUAGGCUCACUCAAUGUAUACCAGACGGUGCGUCGCAUGAGAACACAGAGAGCCUUCAGCAUCCAAACCCCGGACCAGUACUACUUCUGCUACAAUGCCAUUUUGGAGCACGCCCAAAGGCAGGGUCUGCUCCCAGCCAAUCAGUGAGCUUCAGCCCUGACUUCCCAAACCAGUCCAUGAGCCCUGAGAUUUCUGCAGUCGAUCUGUUAACCCCAAGCCGUGUUGUGUGACCAAUUAGUGAGCCUAGGAAAAUAAACUUCCUCAAAGAAGCUGUCCUUUGAAACGAGGCCAUUCUUCUUUUGCAAGCCAGACCAAGACGAGACAGUGACAAGAAACGGAGUGUUGACAUUAUGAUGUCUCAAUGUGAUAACAGUCUCGCUUCCAACAAUGUGACAUUUUGUUUUUGCUGAACAUAUCUCAGAUAGUAUGUGGUAGCGUGAAACAAACUGCUCUAGUUUUGUACAGUUUUGUCGUCAGGCUCUUUGGGAGAAGUGAUCGAGACAACGUUCAUUAACCUUUUUUGUUUAUCUGCCACUUUUAAAUCGAUGGUUUAGGGGACCUUUUUAAAGGAGGAGUUCACCUCAAAAUGAGAAUUAAAUCAUUAUGUGCUCUUUCCAUAUCCUUAAAACUCCACAAAACUUUGUAGACAAUAUCUUGGUUGGCACCAAACUUAAUUUAACUUUAUGUGUACAAAUGAUAUUUAUUGGAGUUUUAAGUGAAAUGAACAAGAUGCAAGUAACUGACACAAUUUGAAUUUCGGGGUGAAAUGAUCCUUUAUUUUUAUUCCAAACCAGGAGAUUAAUCUCUACUGUCAUGCGACAAUAAUAGGUUUUACAUCAUUACGUCAUUUUAUGGUAAGUUAGGUAAGUUUUUACACUACGUGUGUUCUCGAAAUAUUGCGGUCACCGUAGUGCAUUUUUAGCACAUGGUAUAUGUCCCGUAGCUGGUACGAGCUAGUUGUGCAUAGUCUCAGGAGUGUCAUACUGAACACAAGGAGGUGAAACUGCCUGACUUGUUGCCAAAAAAAAAUAUUUAGUCAAAAAGCAUUUUGCCAAGUUGUUGUCUUUUCCUGUGAGGUUGCAUGAUGCAUUCUCCUCUGCCUCAGCAAAUAUCCCCUGAAUGGUAGUAAAGAGGGGAAACUAAAGCACAUCCAAAAUGAUCAGGCUGUAAACUCCUAACCUCCUUUGUGAUCACUCAUUAAAUUGUCGUCCAUGUGAAUUCCUCUUCCGUUUUUUGUUUCUGUAUCCGCUGAAAGCCAACCCUUCCAUCUCUCCUACAUGUUGAGAUUUCCUGACUUGCAGUACAGACAGGGAUCAGCGUCUGGCCGCCUUUGCUAACUAGCAGUGCCAUCAUGCUUUAGUGAUUGUGGCAAUGUGUUGCUAAGUGCCCUCACAUGUGCGCGCACACACACACACACACAUUUAGAGCAGUCUGCAGUGGCUAUGCCAUCGACACGUACAUCUGUGGAAGUCAUCAGUUAAGACCUCAUGAGUAGUGCAAUACUUUGUUUUGUUUUUUUUGUUGUUAUACAGAUCACGUCUUAGCACUUUUAAAUUACUCUUCCCAACGUGCUCUGAGAUUCGCCGUCACGGCGACAGGAUGGGACAACAAAUUAAACUUAAUAGUAAUUCUGUAGGUCUCCAUGUGAUGCUGGGAUAACUUGAUUGUUAUUGUUAAAUUUAGCAAUGCUUAAAUAUGAAAUAUUUAGUGACAUUUUGGACUUACUGUAAACAUCUGCAUAGAGCUUUAUUGGGACAAAUCAAGAGGAUUUUACAGGGAAACCAGAAAUGAACGACAGAGUAAGUGAAUAAACUGGCACAGAUCUGUGCCUACACCCUAUAAAGUCCUUCUUGGGCACUUGAGAGUCAUAAAUUUUUGUCUGGAGUAUAUUUUCAUUAUUGUUGUGUUACUUUAAGUUCUACAGACUGUGGUUGUGAUCAGUGCUUUCAUCUGGUCCCAGUGUCUUGCCAUUAUUAUAGAGUACAUGUACAAAAAAGUGUCUGUGUCAUACAUUACAUUAUGUUGUUGCCGGGUGAAAAAAAAAAUGUGUUCUUUACUACAGAAUUCAUAUUGAAUUUGCUUGUAGUGAAGCAUUUUUAAGUCUGCCAUCCUCAUGCACUCUGAUUUUAGAAUUAUUUUUCCUUUCAAUGAUGGACGCAAAAUGUGCCCUAUUUUAUUUUUCUAUUGUAUUCAACAACUGUUUUCAUACAAUUACCCAGGAUAUACAGUUAUCUACAUUAAUUUUAUAUUUGUUUUAUUAUAACCUAUUAUUUUAUCACUCGUAUGACUAUUGAAUCAAGCUAUACUGUAUUAAAUACAAACUAUGUCAACAUA